GACCUCAGGGAGCAGAUGGAGGUGACGGCUGUGGCCACGCAGGGACGUUUUGAAAGCUGGGACUGGGUCAGCAGUUACCUCCUGCUCUACAGCGACACGGGCCGGGCCUGGAAACAGUACAGGCAUGAGGACGGCGUCGGGAGAUUUGUCGGGAAUGUGAAUUCGGAGGCCGUGGUCCAGAACAAGCUGUCCCACCCGGUCAGAACGCGCUUCCUGCGCUUCGUCCCUCUCGACUGGAACCCCAGCGGCUGGAUGGGCCUCAGAGUGGAGGUGUACGGCUGCUCCUACAAGUCCUAUGUGGCAGACUUUGACGGCAGAAGCUCCUUGCUGUAUCGGUUCAACCAGAAGUCCAUGUCGACGGUGAAGGACGUGAUCUCUCUGCGCUUCAAGAGCCAUCAGGCUGAAGGUGUUUUGCUGCACGGAGAGGGGCAGAGAGGAGAUUACAUCACCCUGGAGCUCCACCGAGGAAGAUUGGACCUCUACCUCAACUUAGACGACAACAGGCUGAGGUUCAGCAGCGGCCGCGUUGCCGUCACCGUGGGCAGCCUGCUGGACGACCAGCAGUGGCACUCCGUUCACAUAGAGCGCUUCAACAAGCAGGUCAACCUCACAGUCGACUCCCACACACAGCACUUCCACACCAAAGGAGAAGGACACUCACUGGAGGUGGACUACGAGCUGAGUUUUGGAGGCAUCCCCCUGCCUGGUAAACCGGGCACCUUUUUGAGGAAGAACUUCCACGGCUGCAUGGAAAACCUCUACUACAACGGGAUCAAUAUCAUAGACCUGGCAAAGAGACGCAAGCCUCAGAUACACAGCGUGGGCAACGUGACCUUCUCGUGCUCGCCGCCCCAGCUGGUGGCCUGCACCUUCCUGAGCUCCAGCAGCAGCUUCCUGUCACUUCCGUCAGCGGCGUCUGCCACGGGGGGCUUCUCUGUUCGCUUCCAGUUCAGGACUUGGAACGCGGACGGGCUGCUGCUCUCCGUGCAGCUGAACCCGGAGCCCCACAGGCUGGAGCUGCAGAUCAACAACAGCCGGCUGCAGAUGACCCUCCACGGAUCGGGACGAGCCAAAUCAGAAGUCUCUGCUGGUCACCGAGUCAACGAUGGUCUGUGGCACUCUGUGAGUCUCAACACCAGGAAUCAACAGAUCACCCUGACUGUGGAUUCUGAGCCGCCUAACACCAUUGAACUGUGGGAACUACUGGAAUCCAGAGGCAGCUUCAACUUUGGAGGAUGUCCCACAGCGGACUGUCAGAACCUGACUCCGGACUUCCAGGGAUGUGUGCGGCUCAUAUUCAUCAACAGCCAGCCAAUGAACCUCAACCGUGUUCAGCAAGGAUUGCUGGGAAAUUAUAACGAGCUCCAGUUUGACACGUGCAACAUAAGAGACAGAUGCCUCCCUAACCUGUGUGAGCACGGCGGCCGCUGCUCUCAGACGUGGAGCUCGUUCUCCUGCGACUGUUCAGGAACAGGAUACUCCGGAGCCACCUGUCACAACUCCAUCUACGAGUCGUCCUGUGAGGCCUACAAGCUGAUUGGCAGCUCCUCUGGCUUCUACUCCAUUGAUCCCGAUGGGAGCGGUCCCCUGGGGCCCUCACAGGUAUACUGCAACAUGACAGAGGAGAAGGUGUGGACGGUGUUGGCGCACAACAUCACGUCUCCAGUCACGGUGCUCGGCUCCUCCCUUCACAAGCCUUACAUCAUGACGUUCAACUACAGCGCCUCGGCCGAGCAGCUCCGCGCCGUCGUCACGCAGUCGGAGCAGUGCCAACAGGAAGUGGUUUACAACUGCAAGAAGUCCCGCCUCUUUAAUACUAAAGACGGCAGUCCUCUAACCUGGUGGCUGGACUGGGAGGGAGAGAAGAGGAGCUACUGGGGAGGCUUCCUGCCUGGAGUCCAGCAGUGCUCCUGCAGCCUGGAGGAGAACUGCAUCGACAUGAACUACUUCUGCAACUGUGACGCUGACACUGACGCAUGGGCUAAUGACACAGGAAUCCUCUCCUAUAAAGACCACCUGCCAGUGAGCCAGAUAGUGAUUGGAGACACCAACCGGACGGGCUCGCAGGCCGUCUACCACAUCGGCCCUCUGCGUUGUUAUGGAGACAAGUCCCUGUGGAACGCGGCGUCUUUUUACCAGGAGUCCUCCUAUCUCUACUUCCCCACCCUGCAGGCCGAGCUCGCCUCCGAUAUCUCCUUCUACUUCAAGACGAGCGCUCCUUCAGGGGUGUUUCUGGAGAACCAGGGCCUCAAGGACUUCAUCAGAGUGGAGCUCAGCUCUCCCUCAGUGGUGACUUUCUCCUUUGAUGUGGGAAACGGUCCAGCGGUCCUGUCCGUGAAGUCCCACCUCCCUCUGAAUGACAGGCAGUGGCACUACGUGAGGGCAGAGCGCAACGUGAAGGAGGCCUCGCUGCAGGUCGACCAGCUCCCCCUCCGCUUCCUGGAGGCUCCGGCUGACGGACACCUCCGCUUACGGCUCAGCAGCCAGCUGUUUGUGGGCGGAACGGCAUCCCAGCAGCGAGGCUUCCUGGGCUGCAUCCGGACUCUGACGGUCAACGGCGUGGGCUUCGAUCUGGAGGAGAGGGCCAGGAUGACGCCGGGUGUGACCUCCGGAUGUCCCGGCUACUGCAGCGGCUCCACCUCCCUCUGCCACAACAGAGGGAGGUGCAUCGAGAAGAGCAACGGCUACGUGUGCGACUGCUCCCAGUCGGCGUACGGAGGAACCACCUGUAACCAAGAGGUGUCGGUGUCCUUCGACAUGGAGUCCUCAGUGACCUACACCUUCCAGGAGCCCUUCUCGGUGAUGCAGAACAGACGCUCCCAGGCCUCCAGUGUGUCCACAGAAAGCAGCAGCAGGGCCAGAGAGGACAUGGCCUUCAGCUUUGUCACCGCCCAGAGGCCGGCCAUGCUGCUCACUGUCAGCACCCUCAGCCAGCAAUACAUCGCUGUCAUCCUGGCCAAGAACGGGAGUCUUCAGAUCUGGUAUCACCUUCAGACCGACAGGAGUCCAGAUGUGUUCAGCCCCGUCCUCACUAACCUGGCAGACGGACGACUCCAUCGGAUCAGGAUCCACCGAGUGGGAAAAAACGUCUAUGUACAGAUCGACCAGGACAUCCACAGAAAGUACACACUGUCAUCUGAUGCAGAGCUGAUCUUAAUCAGGUCCCUGACAUUGGGCAAAGUCACCAGGAAGGAGAACCUCGACGAGGAAGUGAUGCAAGCGGCCUCCAAAGGUUUCAUUGGCUGCCUCUCCUCGGUCCAGUUCAAUCACGUCGCUCCGCUGAAGGCAGCGCUGACGAAUCGCGGGAGCUCGUUGGUCACCAUCCGUGGUCCGCUGGUGCAAUCCAACUGUGGAGCGCUGGCGGAGUCCACCUCGCACACACUUCAAGAUCAAACUGUAACAGCAAAUAAAGACAAGGAGCAGCACGGCAGCAGCACCCAGAAGGAUUUGGCUGUGAUAGCAGGUGUGGUCACAGCGGUGGUCUUCAUCGCCGUGUGCGCCCUGGCUGUGAUAAGCCGCCUCCUCUACCAGCAGCGGCGGGCUCAGAGGAGCAGCAGCAUCAAAGAGGAGAACAGACACAGCAUGUACACGGACUACAGGACAGAGCUGCACCUCCACAACCCAGUCAGGGACAACAUGAAGGAGUACUACAUCUGACCGCGGCGUGCGCUCGAAGCCACAAACUUACCUCUCUCGUAUAAAGGACUAACAAGUUGGAAGCGCUGCUGCAGGGUUUUUUUCUUACGACAAAAAACAAAUAGUGCCCCUGGAAAAGUCUCCCAAGGAACACUGCAAAAAACGCCUGCAGCCUGUCGUCCACUCUCGUAACGCUCCGGUACAAAGCAAGUGGCUGAAUCUUAACAGCUGUUAGUGUAUUUGAUGUUGGUGAAACUGUCAGAAUCAAGCUGCUGUGUCGUUGCAAAAAUGUUUAAAGCGAAAAAGGUGAAUGUUCUGCAAAGGGGUGGACGAGGAGGGACGACGUGAUGGGCAAAGAGCGACGGCUGCUGUCCGUCCGGAAUGCGCACAACUCAAAACAUUUUUGUUUGAAAAAACCCUCAAAUUGCGGGAGAGGUCCACAUUACAGCGGGACUCACUAAAUUGUACUUUGCGAGUCAG